AGCCGAGCCGUCGUAAUUCGAACGCGUGGCGCACAAGGCCAGCCCUGCAGUGCCGCCCUCGUGUCAUUGGACUGCUCGCCAGACACGACGCUGUCCAACUCCAGGGCUGAGCAACCCGUAUCAUCAAAUUAUACAGAUCCGUAGAAAUCAGCAUGCCUCCUAGGUCCCCGGGGUCAUCGACUUGGAUAUAAAAUGAUGGCGUCUGGAACGCCAUUGACAACGACAGAGUAGCCCCUCGUCUCUUCACCGUCACCAGAUCCACCCUUGCCCCUUUUCUUUUCUUAACGCAAUGCUCGUCUUCGAAGUACUUGCACGAACAGCGGCUCGGCUCGCCCUUGCCCAGCAACUGGUGUCUCUUGCAGUUGCUCAAAGCUUUCUCCCCCGACCUGAGGGCGUCACCUUGAUAGAAUCCAAAAACUAUCCCGGGUCAUCCAUCUCCUACAAACAAACCUCGAUUUGCGAAACCACGCCUGGUGUGAAGGGGUACAGUGGAUAUGUGUCCAUCGGUGAUGAUAAUUUCUUCUUCUGGUAUUUCGACGCCAGAAACGACCCGGCCAAUGCCCCCGUAACCAUCUACCUCCCCGGAGGCCCUGGUACGUCCUUCCUCGACGAUACUAGUGGCCUCCCUUGCUCCGUCAACGCCGACUCGAACAGCACCACGCUCAACCCCUGGUCGUGGAACAACGACGUGAACAUGCUCUACAUUGACCAGCCCAUCCAGACGGGUUACUCGUAUACGAAACCUCAGGAUGGAAUGGUGGACCUUUUCACGGGAGAAUUCACCCCUUUGGCAACCACCGACGACCCGAUUGCGACCAACUUGACAGCACUUGCGGCCACGCUAUCAAGUCAGAGCCCUAGUGAUACUGUCAACACCACGGCCCAAGCCGCUAGGAUGAUGUGGAAGUUUGCCCAAAUCUGGUUCCAAGAGUUCCCCGAAUACAAAACUACCAACGACGAAGUCAAUCUCUGGUCUUUCUCUUACGGCGGCUUCUUCGGGCCCGGGACAUUCUCCUACUUCCAGCAACAAAACGAACGGAUAGCCAACGGCACCUCCGACGACCCCAAGGCGAAGCCCCUCCGCCUCGGCACGCUCGGAAUCAACAACGGCUGCAUCGACUCUCUGAUCGAAGGACCCGAAUACCCCGAGAUGGCCGUGAACAACACGUACGGCAUCCAGGCCAUCCCGACCGAUGUCUACCAGGCCGCGAAGCACAACAUGACCAAGGAGGGCGAUGGGUGUGUUUCGCUCAUCGGAGCCUGCCGUGCUGCAGCGGCGGUGGGAGAUCCCGAGGGGAUGGGGAAUAACGACACUGUGAAUGAGGCUUGCCAAGCGGCGAUGGGCGUUUGCUUCGGGCUAGUGCAGGGGGCCUAUACCACUUACUCAAACCGGAGCCCAUUCGAUCUAGCGGUGAUCCUCCCCGGGGUCUUCCUGCCCGAGAGUUCAAUGGCUUUCUACAACCAGCGGUGGGUGCAAGAAGCCCUCGGCGUGCCUGUCAACUUCACGUACAGUUCGAAUGUCGUCGUUGGGAACUUCUUCCAGGCGACCGGCGAUCCCAUGCGUCGCACAAUUGCAGAUCUAGAGCAUGUCCUCUCUGCGGGAGUGAACCUCGCACUGGUGUACGGCGAUCGAGACUACCGCUGCAACUGGCGCGGCGCCGAAAAGGUCAGCCUGGCAAUGUCCUACCCCUCCGCCAGCUCCUUCCGCGCGGCCGGCUACGCCAACAUCACGACCAACGCGAGCUACACGGGUGGCGUCGUCCGGCAGCACGGCAACGUGUCCUUCUCGCGGGUCUUCCAGUCGGGCCACCCGGUGGCGGCGUACCAGCCCGAAACCAUGUACCGCAUCUUCCGGCGGGCUAUCUCCGGUCGGGACAUCGCCACGGGGGAGGUGGCGAUCAAGAAGAGGGACAAGUACAGCUCGGCGGGGCCGGAGAGUAGCUUUGAGAUUAAGUUAGAUGCACCGCCGAGCCCGCCUUCGGUUUGCUAUCUUUACGACAUUAGUAAUACCUGCAGGCUGGAGGAGGUUGAGGCUCUCAGGGACGGGACCGCUGUCGUGGAGAACUUUGUAGUUGUCGGGACUGAUGGUUCGACAAGUGAAAUUAAGAAUGGCGCUGGCAGGGGCGGGGUGUCGAUGAUUGUCGUCUCCUUCGCGAUGGCGCUUGUUCUUGGUUGUACACUAUCUUGAAGGCAGAUCCUUUGCCGAUACUUGUA